UAAAGCUGGUGGGACAAAUAGGGAGCCGGUGACAGCAGUCUGACCAGUGAUGUCAGGCAGGUAAAAGCUGCGUGACUGAACCCCGCAGAAAUGAGCGACAGAGCCGAGAUGAGAGGGCCCACAAGCCGCAAGAGGAGGACGACAAUCUCAGGCGGCGGCGUGAAGCAAGCGAACGGGAGCAAGUGGCACGAAGCUGCGGAGAAACCUCCACAGUGUCCCGGUAAAGCGAAACCAGACGAGGUGUCCAAACAUGCAAGCAACAACGGGAAGGUGAGCAGAGAGACGGGGAUGUUAGGGCAGCAGCAACAGCAGCAGCAACAACAGCAGCUCCCACACAGUCCGAAGAAACAGAGGACUGCUGUGGAAGAUCUUAAGGAGAGACUCAGCUGUCACGUCCUCCAGGAGUCUCUUCUGAGUUCAGCCAGUGGGUACAGUAACUACAGAGGAAUCCUCAACUGGUGUGUUGUCAUGCUGGUGCUUAGUAAUGCACGCCUCUUCUUAGAGAACAUUAUAAAGUAUGGCAUCCUGGUAGAUCCUAUCCAAGUAGUGUCUCUCUUCUUGAAGGACCCCUAUAGCUGGCCAGCUGCAUGCCUCAUCAUCGUGUCUAAUAUGUUCAUCUUAGCAGCCUUAUACAUAGAGAGACGUCUGGCUGUGGGUACCAUCUCAGAAACUGUAGGACUGAUGCUUCACAUUUUUAACCUGACAGCCUUGUUGAUUUUUCCCUCAUUCGUUGUACUCACUGUGACCUCGAUGACCCCAGUGGGUGGUGUCCUCUCCUUAGGAGUCUACACAGUGCUGUUACUCAAGCUGUACUCAUACCAAGACACCAACAGGUGGUGUAGAGAAAUCAGACAAGCCAAAGCCAAGAGACUUACACGAUCAUACUCAUGUCCAUCUGUGGCGCAGUCCAAUGGUUCAGCCGUUCAUGCUCAUGUCUCCUACCCAGGCAACCUCACCCACAGAGACAUAUACUACUUUGUCUUUGCCCCAACUCUCUGCUACCAGCUCAACUUCCCACGGUCAUCUCGAAUACGCAAAAGUUUCCUGAUUAGAAGACUUUUUGAAAUGCUUUUCUUCAUGCAGCUGUUGGUGGGAUUAAUACAGCAGUGGAUGGUUCCCACCAUACAAAACUCAAUGAAACCAUUUCAGGAAAUGGACUUUUCUAGGAUGGUGGAGCGUCUGCUGAAGCUAGCUGUACCCAACCAUCUGAUAUGGUUAAUAUUCUUCUAUUGGUUUUUUCACUCUUCUAUGAACUUUAUGGCAGAGCUAAUGCAGUUUGGAGACAGAGAGUUCUACAAAGACUGGUGGAACUCUGAGAGUGUCACUUAUUUUUGGGCCAACUGGAACAUCCCAGUUCACAAGUGGUGCCUCAGACACUUCUAUAAGCCAAUGUUGAAGAAGGGUGUGAACAAGUUAUUUGCUCAAACUGCCGUCUUCAUUGUGUCUGCCUUCUUCCAUGAGUACUUAGUGAGUGUUCCCCUGAAGAUGUUCAGACUCUGGGCCUUUAUGGGUAUGAUGGCUCAGGUCCCUCUGGCUUGGUUUGUGGGUCGCUUUCUGACUGGAAACUAUGGCAACGCCGCUGUGUGGAUCUCAAUCAUCAUUGGCCAGCCUAUCGCUGUGUUGAUGUAUGUCCAUGACUACUAUGUCAUUCAUUAUGGGAGCACCACAUAAUGCUGGAC